AUGCCUCAAGCUACCGAACUCAAAUCAUGGAGUGCUCUCCAAUCUCAUCAUGAUACCGUCGGACGAAACUUUGUCCUCAAGGAUGAAUUCAAAAAGGAUCCUCAAAGAUUCGAAAAGUUAUCCAAAACUUUCAAGAACACUGCCGAUAACUCGGAGAUCCUUUUCGAUUUCUCCAAGAAUUUGAUUAAUGAAGAUACAAUCAAGGCCUUGGUGGCAGUUGCGAAAGAAGCUGGUUUGGAGAAAUUGCGCGAUGAGAUGUUUGCGGGUGAAAAGAUCAACUUUACCGAAGAUCGUGCUGUUCUUCAUGUUGCCUUGAGAAAUGCUACAAGUGAUCCUAUUAAUGUCGAUGGACAAGAUGUUAUGCCAGGUGUUAAUAAGGAGUUGAAGCACAUGGAGGAAUUUUCCGAACAGAUUAGAAGUGGAGAGUGGAAGGGUUACACUGGAAAGCCAUUGACUAACAUUGUCAACAUCGGUAUUGGUGGUUCUGAUCUUGGUCCAGUUAUGGUUACUGAAGCUCUCAAGUAUUAUGGUGCUAGAGAACAAACCCUUCACUUCGUUUCUAAUAUCGAUGGUACACAUAUGGCUGAGGCUUUGAGAGAUUCUGAUCCAGAAACUACUCUCUUCUUGGUUGCUUCUAAGACUUUCACCACUGCAGAAACUGUUACUCAAUGCCAACUCUGCAAAAGAAUGAAUACUCCACUCGAAGAGAAUAUUCCAGUUCUUGGUGGUCUUUUGAGUGUUUGGUAUUCUGAUUUCUAUGGUGCCCAAACUCAUUUGGUUGCUCCAUUCGAUCAAUACCUUCACCGUUUCCCAGCUUACCUUCAACAACUUUCUAUGGAAUCUAACGGUAAAGCUGUCUCCCGUGAUGGUAAGAUUGUUCGUUAUACAACCGGUCCAAUUCUUUUUGGUGAACCAGCUACCAAUGCUCAACACUCUUUCUUCCAACUUGUCCACCAGGGUACCAAGUUGAUCCCAACCGAUUUCAUCAUGGCUGCCGAAUCUCACAACCCAAUUGAUAACAAUAAACAUCAAAAGAUGUUGGCUUCAAACUUCUUCGCUCAAGCUGAGGCUCUCAUGAUCGGAAAGGGAGAGGAUGAAUUAAAGGCUGAAAACACACCACCUGAGUUAUACAAGCACAAGACAUUCUUGGGCAACAGACCAACUACAUCAAUUCUUGCCCAAAAGAUUACUCCAGGUACUCUUGGUGCUUUAAUCGUUUACUACGAACAUCUUACAUUUACUGAAGGAGCUGUUUGGAAUAUUAACAGUUUUGAUCAAUGGGGUGUUGAGUUGGGUAAGAGUUUAGCUAAGAAAAUUCAAGCAGAGUUGGAUGUUAGUGGAGAUGUUGGGGAACAUGAUGCUAGUACUGGAGGAUUGAUUAAGGCUUUUAAACAGAAGGCUAAUAUUUAA